AGAUACCUAUAGGCGGUGCAGUCUGGCACUAGGUCUCUGACAGGCUCUGUGGCCUUGAACUAGUCACAGCCCAAGCCCCUCUCUGUACCGGGAGCAUCUGAGAGCAAGUAGCUCAUACUGCACCCCUGUGGCUGUUUAUGGAGCACCUGUCCCCUGCCCCCACAGUGCUCUGGACGGUGAGACACAGAGGGGAGUGAGCAGGCCAGGCAGACCUCAGAUCUCCCUGUGGGGGGUGUGUGCACACGCACACACUUGGCUGUGGUUUGUGUGGGAAGCCUUGUUUCUCACUUUGUUCUUAGAACAUCGGACGCAUGGGGGUCCAGCACACCCACCUAUGGAUGGGGAAACAAGCAGUAAUGAAGCAGUGGCUGAUUUGGUGAAAGAUGCACCUCUUUGGAGACAGAGCCCCUUCCCGUCUCUCCUACCCCGCGCCUAUCUGAUUUCAGCUUCUCAGCAGAGGCAAACCCACUCCGGGGCAAGAAGCAAGCCCACACCCUUUGAGCAGAUAAGGAGCUUGGGGACUCCCUGCUUCCAUUAAAAACCCUAGAUCUCAGGGUUCAGAGCCUUGGGACAGUCAGAUUGCACUGGUUCUGAAUCCCAGCUUUGCCAGUAGGAAGCUGCGUGACCUCAGGCGAGUUAUUGAACCUCUGGGAUCCUUAUGUGUUGUAUCUGUAAAAAGGGGGACAUAGUAUCCAUUGGGUGGCUAGAUUCUGUGAAGCAGUGUCCAAAAAUGCCUAGUCCAGGGCCCACCAGGAAGGAGCACUGAUUGGAGGUGGUGGAGUGUAUGGUACCGAGAGGGAAGUAGGGAAUGGCUUGAGAACAAGCAGCCUUCAGGGAGCAGCCUGUUUUGGAGUUAGUGACUUAAACCAACCUCUUCACUGCUGUGGUUUUCAGACCUGGGCGUUAAGCUUGACUUCAACACAAGCCAUAGAGUUAAACAGAAAUCAGGUUCCCAAUGCCAGAAGGGCCUUGGGCAUUCCCCCUGCCCAGCACUCUGCCGCCCCUCCUCACUGCCCGGUGAGGCACUGGGUCACCAGGGGCCAGGGGCUCAUAUCCUGGCCCAACCAGCAGCCCCCUGCCCUCUCCCUAACAGCGGCAGGAGGAAACCUCAGCAGCUGUGGACCAAGUCCUACUGUAGGUUACCAAAGCUUUCUCACACUAUUAUCUAGCUGCACAAAACCUGAGGAAUAAGCUCAACAGGAAGCACACAGGGCCUUUAAGAAGGAACAUCUGAGGACAGCAAGGGGAGACCUGAAUCUGUGGAGAUGUGCAGUCCUGAAAAAGGAAGAUGCCGUAUCAGAAAGCACCUCCUGUCAAAGCGAAAAGGAAACAGUCAGAGGAGGGUGAUCCCCUAGACCCAUCUGUGUCCCCCCAACCCGAUGCUGAGCAGAGCAGAAGCCAGAGCCCCGUCCAUCUGGAGGACUCCCCCGAGGCAGGCGGGGAGCGGGAGGAGGAGCAGGCCUUCCUGGUCAGCCUCUACAAGUUCAUGAAGGAGCGACACACGCCCAUCGAGAGGGUGCCCCAUCUCGGCUUCAAGCAGAUUAACCUGUGGAAAAUCUACAAAGCAGUGGAGAAGCUGGGGGCCUAUGAGAUGGUGACGGGCCGCCGCCUCUGGAAGAACGUGUACGACGAGCUGGGGGGCAGCCCGGGCAGCACGAGUGCGGCCACGUGCACACGCCGCCACUACGAGAGGCUGGUGCUCCCGUACGUGCGGCAUCUGAAGGGGGAGGACGACAAGCCGCUGCCCCCGUCCAAGCCCAGGAAGCAGUACAAGAUGGCCAAGGAGCCCCGGGGGGAUGACGGGGCCCCUGAGAAGCCGAAGAAGGCCAAGGAGGAGAAGUGGUUGGACCAGAUGGUACCUGGAAAGACGAAAACCGACGCCGCCCCUGACCUGGUGCGGCUUCCCAGCCAGGAGCCCCCCCGGGAGGGCCCGGAACAGCCAGGCCCGGCCCUGGGGCCCUCUCUGCCCUUCGUGGGUGCCGGAGGCUGUCCUGAGGCCUACAAGCGGCUCCUGGCCACCUUCUACUGCAAAGGAGCCCACGGCAUCAUGUCUCCACUGGCCAAAAAGAAGCUCCUGGCCCAGGUGAGCAAGGCAGAGGCCUUGCAGUGCCAGGAGGAGGGCUGUCGCCACGGGGCAGGCAGUCCCCAUGGGGACCCCCAGGCAUCCCCAGCUGUUCUCGUGCCGGGAAGUCCGCAGAGCCCGGGAAGGCCAGCUGAGAACUCCAGGCACCGGCUGACCCCUCAGGAGGGAUUACAGGCCCCUGGUGGCAGCCUCAGGGAGGAAGCUCAAGCGGGUCCCCGCCUGCCAGCCCCCAUCUUCACUGGCUGUUUCCAUGCGUACCCCACUGAGGUGCUGAAGCCUGUCAGCCAGCACCCCCGGGACUUCUUGCCCAGUUUUAAAGAUGGGGUGCUCUUGGGGCCUCCUGGCAAAGAGGAGGGCCUGACGGUGAAGGAGCCCCAGCUGGUGUGGGGCGGGGACGCCAACCGCCCGUCUGCAUUCCAUAAAGGCAGCUCUAGAAGGGGCAGCCCCUACCCCAAGCCCAAAGCCUGCUGGGUGUCCCCCAUGGCCAAGGUCCCUGCCGAGAGCCCUGCUCCCCUCGCUACCUUCCGUAGCAGCCCAGGCCUGAGCAAGAAGCGCAGCCUGGAAGAAGAGGGCUUGGCCCAUGGCGGCAAAAAACUGCGGGCCGUGUCUCCCUUUCUUAAGGAGGUGGACGCCAAGGAGUGUGGGGCCAAAUCCAUGGGGUCUGGCUUGGCUGUGUCCUGCCUGCUGGGCCCAGCGCUGGGGCCUGCCCUCCCCGAGGCCUAUAGGGGCACCAUGCUGCGUUGCCCACUGAACUUUGCCGGCACCCCGGACCACUUAAAGGGCCAGGCCACGCUCCCCUUCAGCCCCCUGGUCAUCCCUGCCUUGCCGGCCCACUUCCUGGCCACGACAGCGCCCUCCCCCGUGGCCACGGGUCUGAUGCACUUCCCCCCGGCGUCCUUCGACAGCACCCUUCGCCACAGACUUUGCCCAGCCUCAUCUGCAUGGCACGUGCCACCUGCCACCACCUACGCAGCACCCCACUUCUUCCACCUCAACACCAAGCUUUAGGUCCGAGCCCCAGUGCUGUGCUGUGCAGGGUCUGAAAUGGCCUGUGCUGGGGGGCACUGCCCGGGGUCUGGGCUGGAGCCUAGUGCCCAGGAGAGCUUGGCUGUGCGCAGAGCAGGAACGCGCCCCUGUCUGGGCGGCCUGGCACAAAGAGGGAGGCCGUGGGAAAACCGGGUUUGUCUCAAGGAAGCAGCCUAAGCCCGGGGCCCCAGUUGCGGGGCAUCGGGAGAAGACAGUGCCCGGCUGGCAGCCCCCAGCUAGGUCCCCAGAGUGGAAGCCAGGAACGUGCUGAAGGGCUGAGGCGCUGGGUAGCAGCUUGAGGUAUCCAGGCUGCCCGUGGAAAAUCCAAUAAAAGACCAACGUGAAUCCA